AGCGAAUUGAAGCAGCCAAUAAUUGAAAAUGCCAAGUGGUCACCAGAUUUGCUUUGUUUUUCAAAGUGUUGUCAUUAUAACCAUGUCUCUAGUGACUACCUUCUCAGCUACAAAAGGGUGUUCCACAUUUCUCCUUCCAUCGGGAAAGUGUUGCGUGUUUCCAUUUGAGUACAAUGGCACACAAUACAACGAGUGUACGGUUGAUGGGUCAGCCUGGAGACCCUGGUGUGCCACAACUUCCAAUUUUACGCAAGACGGACAACGGGAAUACUGCGAAUUGCGAAAAGGAUGGUGUCCUUCUGGGUGGUUCCGUCUAAAAAGCAGUUGCGUUUUCAUGAAAAAGGAUCCAGCUCGUCUCGAUUAUGAUGAUGAAGUUGGAGUGACCUUUUGGAGAAAGGCGCGUGAGAAAUGUAACGAGAAAGGAGCGGACCUCAUGAUCGUACGAGAUAAAGCAGACUUAAACGGACUACUAUCCAUGUACUACCAAGCUAGAGUUAGUAUCCGUAGACCUCUUUUUUUAGGAUCACGGGAGUAUUUCAACCCUCAUUGGAAAUGGCUUGACGGUACUGAGGUUAAUCCAGCUCUCUGGGGGAGCGGAGAACCAAAAACAAUUCAUGGAAGAUGUGGAGUGAUCGAGGAUUUCAGAAAGAGGUGGUUUGACAGAGGCUGUGGUUGGUGGUUAGCAGCAAGGCCCUGCAAUAAGAUAAGAAGGGCUUACAUAUGCGAGUCUCCAUUGACCAACAGAACCUGCAAACAAGGGUAUUCAUUAGCAGAGGAUCGCUGCUAUAAGAUAGUCACCUCUCUUCGUCUUAUUUGGGAGGAUGCCCAGUGGGACUGCUUAACCCAAAACAGCAGCUUAGCGGUUAUCAACACUAAGGAAAACUUUGAAAGAGUCGCCUCACUUCUAUCAACGGUGAAGUGGCCAUAUAGCUUCUUCGUCGGGCUUGUAAGGAAUUUGAGCAGCUGGUCAUGGAUUGAUGGAAUAUCAAUUGACCCAUAUCUGUUUCGAGCUGGAUAUCCCAAGAUAAGGGAUAAGGAAGAAAAUUGUAUAGCGUUUUCUGGGUACACUCCUGACAUUAUAAAUGUGGGGUGCAACAAUGGUUAUGCCUACGCCUGUCAAAGUGCUCAAGCCGUUGUAGGAAAUGUUGCAUUUGGAAGUCUGACGGACCAUUCAAGUUUGGCUACAGGAAGCAAUUCAUCAUUUGUAGUCGAUGACAAUCUCACAACUUGUUUCUCCUCUAAAGUGGAAGAGAGUCCAUGGCUCGAAAUAAAGCUAGUGAAAUGGUUUUACAUCUACAAAGUGACCAUAAAAAAUCCCAAGAACACAAGUAUCCCCGAACCUCUCACAGUGUCGAUCAUUUCACGCAAUCGGAAUGGUGAAUCUACCACUUCUGUGUGUACAAAGAAGGGGAACUCUUCGUACUUGGAGUAUCAAUGUAUUCCUCCAGUGAGAGGUGACACCCUGUACAUCAAAGGGUCCAAAUUGAACACAGCGCUGGUUUUGUGCCAUGUCAGUGUUUUGGCAUUCGGUUAG